CAGCUUGGGCGUUGACACCCUCAGGGCGGAGGGACCUAGGCUGGUUGGUGCUUUGGUCUUCCUGUUGCCUCUGCAAUUGGCUCGUGGGUGAAAGCAGUCAUUACAGCUCACAGGCCCUCAGAGCCUCCUUGUUCUUCCUCUCUGCACACUCAGCAGGCGGAACUUCCUCUUUGUGACCGUGCAGCAUUUUUGAUUUUUUUCCUCCUUGAGUGACAUUUUCCUUCGGAUUCUUGACAGGCACUGCUUCAAAAAUAAGGUAGGUCUCAAGAUCCUUUAAACUGGGGUUAAGUGUCAAGGGGGUAUUAAAUUUGUAGUAUUCUUGCCAAGGCUAACGUGUACUAACCCAAAUGGUCUCCAUUAUAAUCUUGGCCUCCUUAAAUGAGAUAUUCAGCUAUUGAUAACUAGUUGAAUAAUCCAAGGUCACCAGUUCUCACUGCCUAUUCUAAAGCACUCUUCAUUUAUUAUCACCAGUCUUCUUAGUCUGGCAAACUUCAUACUUUUCUAGGCUGCUGGCUAACAUAAAGGUUUGGGGUCAUCUGAAGACUACAUUUAGGUAUUGAAACUCCUUUCCAUUAUCUUUAAGAAUCUGAAGAUAACUGUAUACAAUACUGGAUUAUACUGCAGCCUUUAUUUUCCAGAGCACCAACACGCUUCAUAAUAAGUGUUCAUGAUGAUUCUAAUAUAAUCAUUAAUAUGCAAUGGAAGCUUUAAAGAACAACCCUGGCUUUUGUGGCUAAAAGGAACCCCAGUCUAAAUGCCUGGAGUUAAUAACUUAAAUGCCCUCAGGAAAAUCCAACAAUUAACAGUCUACCUAUGUGCCCUUUGUCUAUGCCCUAUACAUGGCACAACGCAGAAUUGAAACAGGCUACUCCAGGCACUUUUCCAACCCUACUGUUUAUGCCAGUCUGCCUUAAUCUUUUUUUUUCCCCCUACCAGACUACUCUGCCCCUGUUUUGCAGAAAUCUCAGCUGUAGCUGUUGCCUAGAAACUUGAGAGUCCUUGAAGUGAGUGUUAGGAUAGCUAAAGACAGUUAACAAUAGGGGAAAGUAGGCCUCCUAUUGGCAGUAAAUACAGCAGUUAACUUCAAGGUUUGAGAUGCUAUAGUCUUAGUUCACUGUCUUAGUUAUCUAGUGCUGCUAUAACAGAAAUACCACAAAUAGGUGGCUUUAACAAACAGAAGUUUAUUCUCUUACAGUUUAGGAGGCUAGAAGUCCAACUUCAGGGUGCCAGCUCCAGGGGAAGGCUUUUCUCUCUGUCAGCUCUGGGGGAAGGUCCUUGUCAUCAAUCUUUACCUGGUCUAGGAGCUUCUCAGCACAGGGGUCCUGGGUCCAAAGGACACGCUCCACUCCUGGCUCUUCUCUCUUGGUGGUAUGAGGUCCCUCUCCUCUCUGCUCAAUUCUCUCUUUUAUAUCUCAGAGGAGACCAACUCAAAAUACAACCUAAUCCUGUAGAUUGAGUCCUCAUUAACAUAAGUGCCUCAUUAACAUCAUAGACCUUAGGAUUUACAAUACAGAGUAAUCACAUCAGAUCACAGAAUGGUGGACAACUGAACAAUGCUGGGAACCACGACCUAGCCAAGCUCACACGCAUUUCUGGAGGACACAAUUCAAUCCAUAACAUUCACUUAAAGGGAUCUUCACAUUAAUACCUACAGCUUUAGAGAUUUCAGACUGGUAUUCUCAGGUAAUUAUAAAGUAGCCUCAACUUGAACAUGGUACUAUACAUUCUUCUGCAGAACCCCUUUUCCUAAAGUGGCUAGACUGACCUUAUCUAACAAUUAGCAUCCUUCCCUGGCUCAGAGAUUUAUUUACGUAGCUUUGGAGGAGGUACGGAAGGAAGCAGUGCUGAAUAGUACAGGAAAUCACGUGCCCUCAGUCCCAGCACUCAAGCUUAUGGUAGUAAGCUCCGUCUUCCUCUAGUACUGUGAGUUUUCCAAGGAUCCCUACCUAUUUAAUAUGCUAUGUGGGAAGACAAAACACCCUAUUUAAAACAACAUAUAAAACUAAAAAUACGUAAAGAAGUUAAUUUUUGGUCUUCUGAGGCACAAAAUUUCCUCUAUUGCAAAUGCCUAGACUAUUACUUUAUUCCAAACUUUCAUACGUAAGACCCAAUAUACACACCCCUUUUCUUUAGAGAACAGAAAAUAGACCUAUGUCAAGACUACCUGAUCUUAAAUGUCAAUCUUUUCUUUGCCAAUUCAUGGUUCCUGCUCCUUAUGCCUCACAGAGCCAGAAUCCUUAGAAAUAUGUCCUUAUGACCCAAACCACAGGAUGCCAGCCAGCAGGUUACAGUACCACCUGGCAUCAUGCAGAAAGAUGGCCGCCACAAAGCCAAGAAAGGAAGUGAGGUCCACUCAGUCGCAGCCGCCAUCAUUUCAGGAGUCCGAAAAGGAUGGAUCCCGAAGCGGAACGGCCAGCAGAGGGGAAGCCCUAGAAGCCCACAGCCAGGCGCGCAGACCCAUGCGCCUAGCUUCUCGACCAGAGCGUAGACUACGUCACAGGAAGUGGGGGGGGCCUCACCCCUUAACGUCAGGGGCCGGAACACUUGGAUUCGGCUCCUUCAUUUCCAACAUGGAAGAAACUUAUAUCGAUUCCCUGGACCCUGAGAAGUUAUUACAGUGCCCCUAUGAUAAAAACCACCAGAUCAGGGCCUGCAGGUUCCCUUAUCAUCUUAUCAAGUGCAGAAAGAACCAUCCUGAUGUCGCAAACAAAUUGGCUACUUGUCCCUUCAAUGCUCGUCACCAGGUUCCUCGGGCUGAAAUCAGUCAUCAUAUCUCGAGCUGUGAUGACAAAAGUUGUAUUGAGCAGGAUGUUGUCAACCAAACGAGGAACCUUGGACAAGAGACUCUGGCUGAGAGCACAUGGCAGUGCCCUCCUUGUGACGAAGACUGGGAUAAAGAUUUGUGGGAACAGACUAGCACCCCAUUUGUUUGGGGCACAGCCAACUACUGUGGCAACAACAGCCCUGCAAGCAACAUAGUUAUGGAACAUAAGAGUAACCUGGCUUCAGGCAUGCGCGUUCCCAAGUCUCUGCCAUAUGUUCUUCCGUGGAAAAACAAUGGAAAUGCACAGUAACUGAACAUCUAACUCAUCAAAUGCCAGACUUAAGAAGACUGUUGCUUCUUCCUGCUACCAGUGGGUUCUUCAUUUUUCUCCUAGUCUAAUUGUAGAAAAGAUAAACCUGUGACUUUCAAACUGACAAGUACCUUUUUUUCCUCCCUCAUUUGAGCCCUCAUUCACUUGAUGCAAGAACCCUCAAACUCAGAAGAACUGUUCCAAAUAAAGCAUCGACUUAGCCAGCCUGAUAGUUUGGUUAAGAAUACCAGCAGUCCCGAGAUCAGAAAUCACAUCCCAUUCCACAUUAAAGAAACAAUGAUUUAAAGUGAUUUUAAGGGAUCCAGUUAAAGCAGACAGAAAACAAGUAACCGUGUAUUUGUCAAGCAAGUUCUUUUCAGCAUGUACAAGAAUGGGCCUUUUUUGAUCAGUGAGUCACUGAGACGGUGAUAGCAUUUAUAGAGCAAAAUAUCCCAUUCUUGUUUAGAAUAACGUAAGACAUCUUGCUUCCUGAAUUCUUCCAAUUUAGGGUAGGUUUGUUUUAUUUUUUAAUCUUCCGCCAUUCCUAGGUGUAGAUUAUGUAGGAGUGAAGAUUGGGGUGGAGGGUGUGGAACUAAUGCAUAUGUGGAGAAGAGAUAGGCUUUCCACCUGUGUGUGGAAUUUGAUUACGCUUCAAAACUUAAAAGCCUGAGGGCCCUCUGACAACCCUGAGAUGUGCCUGUAACAAGUUAAGAUUUCUGAAACACCCAAUGCUCUGGGCAUCCUAGCAUCUUGUUGGCCCUUGCAAGGAGCCAUCAUAAUCUCUCUAGACCAGUUUUUUUUAUUGUUCGGAUUACUUCUGUUUUCUUUUCUCUUUGGUUGUUUUCAGGCUUUUGUUUUGAAACUGUCUGGCAUGAGGAGGAAUUUGGGAUCUGGUAUAGAUAGGAACUCUGAUGAAGUAUACUGACAGAUAAUUCCAAAAGUGAUCUCUGUAGCAUUGUUUGUGGGUAACAGAUAAGAAGAGGGCUGGGUUCCUGUGGAAUGCCUCCUUCCAAGAGCUUUAUACAAAACGGGAUUCUCACUUUAUGAAGAAGAGCUGUUUGUUGAGUUUCAGCCUCUAAAAACAGGUUCCAAGAUAAGCCCUCAGUACAAUAGUGUUUCUGCUUCUGCCUCUGUGGUCUUAAGUGAAUAACUAGACUAUUUCUUAUGCCCCCUAAUUCUGGUUCUUUAUGUUUGUGUGUCAGUCAACACCUCGCAACAGUUUAUUUCGAAAGUCUUGUUGCUGAAAAAUAUGAAACCCUUUUGAUUUUGUUUGUUUGGGUGAUGACAGGACAAAACAAUCUUACAUUUGUAACCCAGAACACCUACUUACUUUAGGAAAAACGAGCAGAGUCUCAUUGCAAAGAAUUAGCUAAUUGAAUAUAAUUCAACAAAGGCGUUCAAUAGGAAAUAGUUACUUUGUGUUUUAAAAAAAUAUCUUUAGGGGUGAGGUAGGCUAACAUCUAUCAUUCAUGAAAAAAAUUUUUUUAUUUUGGAAGGACAUCUCUUUCUCACGACUUCUAAAAUUUAGUUGAAAACCUCUGGCCUUUAAGGAGUAGGAGUAGCAUUCGGUACAGGAGAAUGCCUGUCUCUGUUAAUUUUGUUAGCUCACAAAAAUAGACAAUCCUGUUGUGUCUUCAGUAAACUAAUGAUUAAAGCAGCCAGUUUGGCUGGUUCAAGAGCUUUAAGAGACUGCUUAGGAUUUUUAUUUGGCCUAGGAUUCACUAGUCUGGAUUUAGUUUGCUGGAAAUGUUUGGAGAUUUCCAAGAACUAGCACAAAGAAGUGGCUCUAACUCUAGUGUUACCAGAA